CGGUAACGUAAAAUGUUGCAGGUGAAGUAAACAUGUGGAGGCUUCUGUUGCUCACAAAUAUCAUCUGAUGGAGAACUACAGUAAGGCUCGGACAGUAGAGGAGCCGUCUGUCUGUCCUUUCCCCGGCCUCCCCCCUGACACGCCGGAGGUCCGCGUCAAAGACGGCAGCAAGAUCCGCAACCUGCUGCGUUAUGCCCUGAGCCGCAUUGAGGCCAAACCCCGAGCAGCUGAGGACGAGGGUCGACCCACACCUGAGGAAGGAGGCGUGGCUGUGGAGGCGCAACAGGAGGCACGAGGUCAGCCGGUCUGCAAACACAUCGUGUUCACGGCGACCGGGAAGGGCGUGUCUAAAGCCAUCACAUGCGCUGAGAUCGUGAAGCGGCGUGUGAAAGGACUCCACCAGCUCACCAGGCUGCUGUACAGCACCGCGGUGGAGGUGUGGGAGCCGCUGGAGCCCGCUGCAGGCCUCGACAGCCUGACGGUCAGCAGGAACGUGCCCGCCAUCUGGAUCCUCCUCUCCAGCGAACCGCUGGACUGCAGCCAGCCUGGAUACCAGGCACCGGGCCGCUAUGACACCCUGUGGGCUCAGUCUGCUAACAGGGACGAGGGUGGAGGGUUCACCGGACAGAGGCCAGGACACAAGAGGAAGAAAGGAGGCGGCGGAGGCAGAGGGAGAGGACACGGCCGUCAGACUGGACGGUCCAGAGAGCAAGUUAAAGGACAGAGUUGAUUUAGUUUUGUACAAACUGUGUGGACAUAAAGACGGACACUCAGUGGACACUCUCAGUGGACACUCUCAGUGGACACUCAGCGGACACUCAGUCACAAAAACAAGUUUGUUUGCUGCCUUUAGCAUGUUGAUCAUUGUCCAAAUGAUCAGUGUUGAGACUGAUUCCAGCUGUAGUUUCACCUCAUUUCUUUAAUGAUCAGCCUGAAGAGACGUGAAACGAUCCGUCACAGUCGGUGUUCGGUCAACAUUUCUUUGUGCUGUUAAAAAUAACUUGAUGGAAAUGAGUUAAUGCACUAACGGGCGCUGACUGUUGUGAAAACUGCCUGCUGGUGCUUGUUUGAGACAUUUAAAAUGUGACGUCAGCAGCUGGACAGAGUUUGAUUGAUGUGGUUUCUUUUAAAAGCUUCAGUCGUGACACUUUUAAUAUACUCUGUCAUCAAAAGUCACCUGAGAGCAAAACUUCCUGCUUUUCUAUUUGCUGAAAUUUGGAUCUACAGCAGAAACAGGUUGUGUGUGAGUGUUGAGUCCUGAAUAUCUACGUCAAGUGAGUUAAAAACAAGUUAAUUAAGAGGUUUUAUUUGUUUCACUCAUAAUUUGUGUCCAAGCUUCCUCUGUGGAAAAAUGAGCCGAGUGUGAAUUCCCAGCAGUUACUCAGUCUGUGGUCGGUGUGUUCAUCCAGACGUCCGUCAGUCACUUCACUUCGUUUCAGAGUGAAGAAUCUCGACGUCUGUCGGCUGGAUCAGAAAAUGAAAAAGUCUUGUUGCAGUGAGAAUUUGUUUGCUUUGCAUUUAAAUCAGCUUGUUUCAAAAUGCUACAAAAUGAAUUUCAGUAUCUUGAAUCAAACAGUUGUUUCACUACAAUUCAGAAAAUUUAAGUUGGAAAAUACUUGAAAGAAGUUUGUUGUUAAAACAGGUUGAAUAUUACUGAAGUUACUUUGUCUGAUUGUAUGAAAUGAAAAAUGGAUCAUGUUUUACAAACGUAUGUUUUGAAAGUAAAGUCUUCAUAUAA